UUAAUAAACAAAGUUUUUGUCCAUUUCGAUUAGAAAUCCAUUCUGUGUAUUCUAGAAAUUCUCUUGUAUCUCUAUCUCUUUUCUUUGGUAUCUCUCUCUCUCUCUCUCUGGUAUAUAUAUCGAUCUCUGGUUAUCGUAUCUCUCUCAAUCUCUGGUAUAUAUACACAUCUCGAUCUCUGUCAUCUCUAUCUCUGUCCUUUGUCUCUCUCUCUCUGUCCUCUGUCUUUCUUUCUCUCUCUCUUUCUGGAAUACACAUACGCCCGGUCAAAAUUCUCAUCUCAUCUCGUUCAAAAUUCUCAUCUCAUCGUCUCGUUCAAAUUCCUACAACAUGGAAAACGAUCUCGAUGAUAACGACCUCUCUGUUAAUGAUCUCUCUGUUAAUGAUCUCUUAAAACAACGAAAAAAUUGUCGUAUUGCAAUUUCAAAAAUGCAUAAUUUGCUAGGUGUUCAGGGUAAAAUACCGGAGGUUGACAAAGCUUCAGCGCUGCACUCCGAGUAUGAAGAUAUCGUGUUACAACUUGAACAAAAUAACGAAGAAGACGAUAAUGUUCACAUGAACAAAAUUCAUCAAAUCAUGAAAUUUAUCAAUCUCUACGUGCAAAUUGAUCAUCAAAUGGCUCAGGGUAUUUCAUCAUCAUUUUUAUUCAACCAAUGCCAACAAGCGAUUAACGAAUUGAGCAAAAUGACAAGCAUUUUUUCUUCAACAUUUGGUCUGGUUUGCAAGUUACAGUCAAAAUUAGAUUCAUUUAGUGCUUCAAUUUCAUCAUCAUCAAUCUCUAGUCCUGACGCAAACGUUGGCUCAAAUCAAUCAUCAACACCAUUGUCUGGUUCUGCAGCCAAUGUAGAUUUAAAUCGUCCACCGACACCAGGUGAUAAUGCAAAUAAUAGUAUCGUAGUUGCAGAUCGAUCUAUUCAAGCUAUUCCGUCGCAAGGAAUCAUUCAUAAUAAUCAACCAUUAUUAAAUCUUUCACCAAUAACAACAAAUCAAUCUCCACCUAUCAACAACGUUUUGAAUUUUGGUCAACCAAUGAAAAUAAAACCUGAAGAAAUGCCAAAGUUCAACGGUUCUGCUGUACAAUGGCCCGAAUUCAAAGAAGCGGCCUUGGAAUUAAUCAUCAACAACACAUUCGUUCCAACAGCAACUUCCAAAUUUCGUCGUCUCAUGGGUGCAUUGCCACCGGAAGCUCAAGCUCGAAUCAGAGAUCAACGAGAGAAUCCAAAUUUCAUGAACAUACUUAAUACGUUGGAAAGAUAUUAUGGCUCACCAGCUGUAAUUAUUAAAGAAUUAGUCAACAAAAUUCAAUCUCUUCCAUAUCUUCGCCUAGAUGCUCAACCAAUCGUAUACGCCAAGUAUUACGAAUUGAUGAUAAACAUUAGAUCAAUCAAAUUGAAUGAUGGCGAUGGACGAACCAUCUUAAGCCAUAUUCUAUCAAAAUUCGAUAUUGAACAUCGCCGCAGGGCUUUCAAUCAAUCAAACAAUUCCAACGAUCAAGAAUACAUUACUUUAUCAAACGUUGAAGAAUAUCUCCGAAAAAUAACUUCUACCGACAUGUUGAUCAACCAAAUCACCACCACCAAAUCAAAUCGUCAUGUCGAAUCUCAUAAUACAUUGGUCACAUCAUCAAACAGCGAUCAUGACGAAAAUGAAAUCAAACUAACUUGCAUCUUCUGUCAUCAACAUCAUCGUCAUAGUUCAUGUCUAAUGUCGGUCAACGAUAAAUUAGAAGUAUUAACGAAAGAAAAAAGAUGCUUCCGAUGCACAGGAAAAAACCAUGGCACACGUGAAUGCAUGAAAAAUUAUAUUUGUCAUAAAUGUAAAGGUAAUCAUCUUUCAUAUCUUUGUCGACCUGCUCAAAAUACAGCUUCGAAUAAUACGACAACGGCUGCGGCCACAUCUUCAUCAUCAUCAACAUCUGUUUCAUCAAAUUCAUCAACGACAAUUAAUGGAGAAAUCCAAUCAAUCAAUACAGCUUUAGCGAUGACCGAUAGUUCAAUCCAAUAUCUACAAACUCUAACAACAAAAAUCAACAACAUCAAAACACGUGUCAUCUUCGAUGGUGGCUCACAAGUAUCGUUUAUAUCGAGUAAGUUAGUAAAAUUAUUGAAUCUUCCAAAAUUCGAAGGUGCACCAAUUCGUAUCAACGGUUACGGCGAAAAUCUUAGUCGUCUUAUUGGUCAUUAUUACACAAUCAUCAAAUUUCCGGACCGUUAUGGUCAUUUAAGUAAAUUUAAAUUAAUCAUCGACGACACAAUCAAUCAAUUCAAAUUCAACGCAUUACCAGAAAUUGUUCAACGUAAUGUCAAUAAAAUUUUCGACAUCAACUUCAACGACGAAAACAUUCCAGUCGACAUAUUAUUUGGCAAUAGUGACAUAAACCGUCUCAAAUUUCUCAACGUAGAUAAAAAUAUUGAUCCAUUCAUAAUUGGUAAAACAUCUCUUGGAUAA